GUUACCUUCAAAGCUAUCGUGUAGCUCUUCGCGGGCGCCUCUGCUCGUACCCGCAUUUCUUCCCGACAGCCUCUUCCGCCUCGGAGCAGCAUAUAAUCUAAAUUACCCAAUCCCGGACUCGCUUUGAUUGCGAAUUACGAAGCGUUCUCGCGGGCCUCUUCCCUUCGAGGGACUGCCAUGUUCUUCGAUCUCUCCGCGCCCCUGUUCGCGACUUGAUCUUGCUGCGUUCUGCCACUGUCUGUUUGCCGCCACGGUUGGGCGCGUCUGUCAGUAUGGGCGCAGUGAGCAGCCGACCCGGAGACGGGGACGCCGUCUACCUGAGGGAUCAAAACCGAUUCUCGGUCACCAACCUGACGAUCACAAAUUCACGCGGCCGAACACUGCUGAACAUCUCGCCCAACGCCUUUCCCGCGGCUCGGUACAGCGCGAAGAGGGAUUUUGGGGACGAUAGCGUUGUAGACUAUGUUCAGGACCCGGACAGCAAUGCCUCCACCGGGCCACCAGCGUUCCUCAUCCGACUACCCAAUGAUGAAGAACUGGUCUUCAACUUUACCUUCGUCGCCCGGCAGUCGCAGGGUCCAUCUUCUGUGUACAAUACGAACAGCAACUCCACGGUCACCGCGAGUGGGCCAGCAGAUGUCACAAUCAACGGGUUGACAUUCGUACAAGGUUCAACUAUCAGAGAACUCGAUAAUCUGGUCACGAGAGAGUUCCAUGCCAAUCCAAACCUUCACAAGAACCCAAACGUGGAGUUGGUCGGCGAUUAUUCAACGGGUGGCCACCCCUCAGUCCAGUUCCAGUGGUCUUGGAGAUGGAAGCCUCCAAAGCCGCAAGAAGACAGAGGUGGGGGCUGGCGCAACAGCUGCAGUUUUGUCGAGUACGAUCAGCGAGCGCACCGGCUAGACACAUUGGCCAGCUUCUCUUUCUGGGUUCAAAACACCCAGCGUAACCUCGGCAGUCCCUUGUCUCCCUCUCCUCGUCUCGAACUUGGCGUACCCCCCCGGCUUCGAGUACCAUCAUCCCAGUCGAUAGAGUCUCGCGUCAGUGAUUCAGAUGGAGGAGACUACAAGGACAUGCCUGCUUCUCCUACUAUGGAACCUGUGCCAGAGUACGGCCUUGGACUAGUACCAACCCAAACACAGUCUACCAGUCUGACUGGAAGCACCGUGAAAGUCGACUUAUGUCAGAAGCCUGGAGAAGACCUCAGUCAGCAGGAGGAUGGACCACUCUUCCGAGCCACGAUGAAGUCACUAGAGUCCAAAACCGGCAAUAUGCGCCUUCGGUGGAAGAAGGUCCUGAAGCGUGCUGAGGCUGCUUCAGAAGCCCAAGUGACUUGCAACAAUUCCAUGGCUGAGUUGAUGGACGCUCUAAAAGAAGCGUCGAUCUCAAAUACAAAUGCUGUACAGCCAGCGAUCGAUCAUUAUUUCGACAAGAUAGCCAAGGAAAUACUGGCAAACGAGAGGGAGAACACCAAGAACAUUAAGAAGCUUAUCAUUGAUCCUAUCCAUAAAUUAUAUAAUGUCGACAUCAAACAGGCCGAGUCCAAGAAGAAGGACUUUGAGGAGGAGAGCAAGGAGUACUAUCAGUAUGUCAGCAAGUACCUCGGUCAGCGAUCGGACUCCCUCAAAGAGAAGAAGCGGGUGGAGACCGACUCAAAGUACGAAAGCAAACGUCGGAACUUCGAACUGAAGCGCUUCGACUAUUCUUCUUUCAUGCAAGAUCUUCAUGGAGGACGGAAAGACCAGGAGAUCCUCUCGCAUCUAACGAGAUACGCGGAUGCCCAAGCGAAGAAUUACUUGGCCACUUCCAAGAAGAUUGAGACUAUGCUUCCUCAACUUGAGGCACUCAGUUUCGAAGUCAGGGAGGCAGACAAGGACUUUCAGUUGCAACGGUCGGAAAGAGAAGAGAAGCGGAGGGCACUCGAGAAGACUCAAAAGUCAUACAUCGAGCGAGAAGGUUCUUUAACAUCCCACGGACUCCCUGCUUCUCUCGCAAAUGCGAACGGUAACAGAUCUGUUCCGCUCGACAAUACAGACCCAGCGCCGAGAAGGGAAAGUAUCGCCCCGAUGUUCAAAAGUACGAUCAGUCCACCUCCCACCAGUGCACCCGCAUCAAGUUCAUCACUUUCUACGACUGCCACGAUUCCUCCUCCGGCAAACACCUUGAACCAGCAGACCCAAGCUGGUAGCCCAAAUAUGAACAAGUUCAAGGGUAUCCGUGACUUGGAAGAUAAGGACCACACUGGAAUUCUGGGGUCUGAGCAAAAUCAAGGUCUACACCGAAAGGAGGGUCUGCUAUGGGCACUAAGCAGACCUGGAAGCCACGCCGAUCCAAGAGGACUGAACAAGCAGGCAUGGCAUAAGUUCUGGAUCGUACUCGAUCAAGGCAAACUGUCCGAGUAUACAAACUGGAAGGAAAAGUUAGACCUUCAUAUGGACCCGAUUGACCUUCGAAUGGCAUCUGUUAGAGAGGCACGGAACGCUGAGCGCCGCUUCUGCUUCGAAGUAAUUACGCCAAACUUCACUAGAGUGUAUCAGGGAACCUCGGAAGACGACAUGAAGUCCUGGAUCUCGGCUGUGAACAACGCCCUCCAAAGUGCGGUUGAAGGAAAGGGAAUGGACGUGAACCAACGCGUCUCGACAGAAUCAUUGCCAGGCAAUAACAAUAACCGACGAGAUAUCGCGUCGGUCCUCACUGGAAAGAGUUCGUCUGUGUCCAAUCACCAUCGGAGUUCCUACGGCAAUACUGCCUCGAGGACUCCUACUCGCCAUGCUACAGUAGGCGACAGACCGUCUUAUCGCACCAGUGAAAACGGCGAUGACUCGUUCAAGCUGUUGCAACAAAUCCGUGAUGCAGAUGCUGGAAACAGCGUCUGUGCCGAUUGCGGUUCCGACAGCAAAGUCGAGUGGGUAUCCAUCAAUCUUGGAAUCGUAGUAUGCAUCGAAUGCAGCGGCAUUCACCGCUCACUAGGGACGCAUAUCUCCAAAGUGCGGUCUCUCACUCUGGAUACGAACUCAUUCACACAAGACAUCAUUGAAGUGCUUCUCACCAUCGGGAAUCGUGUUAGCAACAUGGUCUGGGAGGCGAAACUGGACCGAUCACUGAAACCUGGCCCGCAAUCUACUCGCGAACAGCGCUUGCAUUUCAUCACCGCCAAAUACUCUGACCGUGCUUUUGUGGCGCCCAUCUCACCUACGCUCUCCCACUACUCAACACCCGAGGAAACCCUGCUGGCUUCUAUCAAGAAGAACGACAUCCAGAAUGUCUUGUACGCCUUGGCCCUCCGCGCCGAUCCGAAUUCCAAAGACCGCUCUCGCGGCACACAUACUGUGUUCCUUGCGCUGGCUGCUGCUGACCCUGCGUCACCAUCUGCGACCGCUUCACCAGCCAGCUCUCCCGGCCCGGGGACACGUACGGCAGCCCCUCCUCCCAGAAAAUCGUUCCCUGUUGCAGAAUUGCUGCUCCAGAAUGGGGCCGACCUGCCCUCACAACCGGCACCGAUCCCGAUGAGUAACUCCGCCAAAAUCUACCUCGAACAGAAAGCCGAUCAAAAGGCCGGGAUCAGACCCUCCAUGGGCACUAGCAAGCGCUCGGAUAGCCCUGGCGGUGAUAAGCUUACAGCAUUGCCAACAAUUGCAGCCGGCAACGGCAGCACGCCAGCUUCGCGAGAGCGUGAGCGAGAACGACUCCAGAAGAGAGUUAGCGCAGGUGCCAGACUAGUGAAGCAGCAUUCCGACAAUGCGGAAGGUAGGAGAGGAUUGUAGGAUGAGAAGAUGAUUCUCUUCUUACGUUGAUUAACUUUUUUUGUCUUUAUAGCGUUUAUGGACCAUACGACGUAUACGGAGUUUGCCCUUGCGCUUGAGGCACUCGAGCCUGCUGCACUCGAGUUCGCUGUCCAUCCCAGGCGUUUUCGGCGGCAAUCAUCGAAGAAGAACGAGCGUUGCUUUUCUGACUGACUCGCCAUUAUUGUGGCAACGAGUACAAUGUGCGGUUAUACAUGAACGGUUUUUGGGAUACUCGGUAACGGCGGCACGGACGACGGCACGGUCUACUCCUGUAUUACUGCAUUCAGCCGUUCGAAGCGGUGAUAUUCGUCCAGUCUCUCAUGCGAGACUUUUCCUUUGUCUGCUGUGGAUGAUUCACCUGCCCCUUCUGUGGAGCAGCAAUAUAAUCUGUAAUGAGCAAUGUGGUCUCUUUGGGUUAGGACUGAGUGGCGGCGAUCC